AUGUCCGACUCGUCUUCGUCGCAGUCAUGGCUCUCGUCGCUCUCGACGCCCAGCGGUAGGAACGCCCUCAUCCUCACCUCGGUUGCUCUCGGCUCGUCGCUCGCUACGGCGGCAGCCAUCUUUGGCACACAGCGCGUCACUCGCCGCAAGAAGCGCCAGGAUCUCUCGGACACCGUCGCCAAGUCCGCCAACGCCCAGGCCACCGAUCGUCUUCAGCGCUUCGACCUCCACCAACGCGAUGAGGCUUCCUCCUCCACCGACGGCGGCACGCCGCGCUACCUCUCGGGCCUUCAGAGCAACUCGCUCCGCCCCGCUUCCAACCUGCGCAACUCCACCAGCUUCCACUCGCCCACCAUGCCCCAGUCGCCCGCGGCGCCCUCGCGCGCAGAAACCAUAGGCCGUGCAGACACCUUUUCGCGCAAACGUCAGCCGUCGGUCGAACAAUGGGACGAGAGCCUCAUCCGCGAGCAGCUCUCGCGCAAUUACAGCUUCCUCGGCGAAGAAGGCAUGAGCGCCAUUCGCAAUGCCUUUGUCAUCGUCGUCGGCGCAGGCGGCGUCGGUUCCUGGGCCGCCCUCAUGCUCCUCCGCUCCGGCGUAUCCAAGCUGCGCCUCAUCGACUUUGACCAGGUCUCGCUCUCGUCGCUCAACCGCCAUGCGUGCGCUACGCUCGAGGACGUCGGCAGACCCAAGGUGGUGUGCUGCGCCGAAAAGUUCGCACAGAUCGCUCCCUGGGCCAAGCUCGAGGCGUGGGUGGAGCUCUUCCGCGGCGACGAGGCAGAGAGGCUGCUCGGUGGCAAUCCGACCUACGUCGUAGAUGCCAUCGACAACAUCGACACCAAGGUGGAGCUACUGCGCUUCUGCGCCGAACGCAAGAUCAAGGUGAUCAGCUCCAUGGGCGCCGGUGCCAAGAGCGACCCGAGUCGCAUCCAGAUCUCGGACAUCAGCGUCACCUCGGAGGAUCCGCUCGCGCGCAGCGUGCGUCGCCGUCUGAGGGCGCUCGGUCUGCCACCCAUCCCGCCCAAGGAGGUCGAGGACAGGGCAAAGCGCGAGGCGGAACAGCUCGAAAAGGCGCACGGCCAGCCUGCUCGACCGCACAACCACAACCACAAGAAAAAGGGCGCCAACAAGGCCAAGCUCGAUGCGCCAGCGGCGGCGGAUCUCGACCGCACACCCAUGAAGCCCAGCGCGAGCGACGAGCUCGUCCGACGAACGGCGAGCAACGGCAGUAGCGGCGCAUCUUCGCCCAAGGUACCACCGAGUCCCAGCGCAAGUGGGUUUGGGCUGCAGGCGCGACACCCGCGCCACGUCACGUCGUCUCCCUCGCCGCUGGCGUCGCGGAGUGGAAGUGCCACAGAUCUUACUGCCCUCAACGGAGCCAGCGUGCCGUCUGCUUCUGCAGCGAGCUCCAGGGCGGUUUCGGGCGCACUGCCGCAGGCGCCACGACACAGCCGUCGCGCGAGCAGCGUGUCGUCGUUCGGCUCGGGUGCAUAUGCUACGCCCAUGACGACGCCGUCGGACGAGAUGGCGGCCCUCCUGCCCGAUGAAGGCGAUACCAGUCUGCGGCCGUUGGAUGAGCAAGAUGACGGGGGGUUGUCGGCUACAGCGCACGGUCUGGAUCGAAGGGCGUCGCAGAGCAGUGCGGCUGCAUCGGAUGCAACGGCAGUGGAUCUGGCAGCGCAUACAGCUCCGCGCACGCAGCUGAGUGAGAAGCUGCGUCGUCGAGUGUCGGAGGUGGAGGAGCUUUCGCCAUCGCCCUCGUCUUCAUCGCCGGCGCUUUCGAGGUCGGCAUCGUUCAAGCCCUCGCUUAAAGGUGCAGAGGAGGAGCCGUUGGUGGAGCCGGGAUUCUUCAUCCCGUGCGUCUACUCGACCGAAAAGUCGGACACGCGCUUGCUGCCGCUGGACGACGACGAGUUCGAUCGAGGCAAUGUGGACGAGCUUGCUGCGCUCGAGGACUUCCGUGUUCGCAUCCUGCCCGUGCUUGGUCCACUGCCGGCCAUGUUUGGAUUGGCAGUGGCGACGUUUAUUAUCUGCGAGAUUGGCGGGCAGAAGAUGGAGCCUCUGGCGUUCAAGGGCAGGAGGAAGCUGUACGAGAAAAUGUUCCACGAUCUAUCGGUAUCCGAGUCCCGACACCCCGUUCCCGGGUCAGAGGUUAGGAGCAAAGACGAGGGACCCAGACACUAUAUCCCGUUCAGCGUCAAUGAUGUGGCGUACCUCUUCGAAGAGGUGUUUAGAGGCAGAAGCGUCGUACCCCCCUACGACAGCUUGUCGGGUGCACAGCUGGAGAGAUGGGAUUCGACGCUGCCCAUCAGCUUUCAGAAUGUGGCGCUCUUCUCGAGGGCGCAGGCCAAGGUGCACGAACAAGAGGUGCUCAAGAAAGGUAGAAGCCCCGUAGAGGUCUGGGGCCAAGGUGCGGCUCAUAUGAUCAAGAGAAGGAUGGCAAGCGAAAGACGCAGCGGCUUCUUCCGAUUCUGA